GUCAAGCAGUCGUCAACGUUGACCUCCUACCCCUCAUCCGAUUCCGAUCAUCUUGUCAUACAGCUUAAGUUUUUGCAAUAAAUUCAAUUUAUUUCGUUUCUUUUUUUUCUACUUGUAGUAAUUCAUAUACAAAUAAAAGUGCUCAACAAACCAAGCUAGUGACUUGGUAGCACUCAAAAUCCGAGGCCUCAGGCCUCGGCCUGUGGGCACACAUCCAUAAACUAUAAAACAAACCGCAAAAACGCUUUAAAUUCUUCGUCGCAAUUCACCCCUCCUUUAUAAUUUCACACUAUUAUUCUACCGUCGUUAAGAUGUCUCAGUGGAACAACUCUUACCCUUACAACCAGGAUUACCAGGGCUCCAACAGCUGGAAUGGUGAAUUAGGCAAUCAAUAUUCAAAUCAACAGUACUAUCCCACCACGCAACCUACUUACGAGCAACCUAACCAGUAUGUAAACUUUCAAGAGUUUCUCUCUCAAAUGCAAGGCGGUAACGCCGCCGCGUCCAGUUCUGCCUCAUACAGCAACACUCAGUAUCAAAACUACCCUAGCAACCAGUAUGAAUACCAAAACAUGCCUUCAACAUCCCAAAAUCACGCUCAGAAUCCAUACUAUCCAACAACAACUGCCGUGAAUGGUACAAAUCUUCAAACAUCACAUAGCCAAAUGAAUGUAUCAGAACCUAGCUAUAGCAAUCAAAUGGUAUUCAAAUCAAAUCUCACUGCAACAGCAACAGAAUUUGUGCCAAAGGGAACUCAGAAGCAACCAAGUCCUCCAGAAGACUCUUCCAAAGGACUGUCGGAAAAUAAGGAUCACACUGCCGGAAACUGGAGAGAAAAGUCUUCCCAACCUAGUAGCUCCCGUAGCUUUAAUGAACCUCGGAAUGAUCAGGAAUCAAAGAAAAGGCCAGAAAAAGACCGCAGACGGCGCAAUGAAGGUCGUAACCAUAAUUUAAGUAGUCAAAAUGAACCUAAUAGUCAAUACAAUGAGCUUAAUAGUCAAAAUGAUCCUGAUGGUGGUGAAUAUGAGUCAAAUACUUAUAGUUAUGAUUCCAAUAAACAUGGUGCUGAGUAUAGCAAUCGUAAUAAUGAAGGCAGCAGUCGAAAAUAUGAGUCAAAUAAAAGUGGGCGUAAAAAUGAGUCUAGCCGUAACAAUGAGAGUAGCAGCAACUAUGACUCCAAUAGCUCCAACAAUGAACCAAGCAGUCGGAACAAUGAUUCUGACCGUAACUAUGACUCUCAAGACCGUAACCACUCAAAUAGGAAUACAGAUUCUGAUAGCCGGCACUAUGAGUCUACCAGUCGUAACUAUGAUGGCAACAGCCGCAACUACGACUCAAAAAAACGCUACGAAUACAAUAAUCGUAAUUAUGAUUCUAGCAAUCGCGAGAGAGAUGGCGGCAGUCGCAACUACGAAUCAAAUGGUCGAAAUUACGAUUCUAACAGUCGAAGUCAAGACAGCAACCGUGGUGCUGACUCAGGGCGCUCCGACUAUAACCGUCGCGAUUUUAACGGACGUGACAGUGACCACAAUAGUCGUAAUAAUGACUACAAUCAGGAUCGUGAAUAUGGUCGUAACCAGGACUAUAAUAGUCGUGACUACAGCCGUGGCUACGACUCUCGUUACGACAGAGGAAAUAAAAAGUCAGUAAAAAGUAAAGAAGCUGAUAAUAGAACUUACUACAACAGUACAGCUAAGAGUAGUCAGGACGUCAGGAGUGGGAGAGCAGAACGAGGAGAAGCCUCGGGCAGGAGUAGGAACUGGCCGGGAAGCCAGCGGGUGAGGCCGGUGGAAAGAGCUGAUGAUGACCAGUUUGCUAAAGGAUAUCUGGAUAAUCGGGAGGAUCGGUAUGCUAAAGGCUCGAGAUCAGAAACCACUUCUAGUCCGAUGAGGAACAGGAACAAGCAAAUAGAUCAUGGUGGGAACGCAGACUUGACCCAACGGGAGCGUCUCUCAGAGCAACUAGACAAGGGAACGUUGGAAUGCCUGGUUUGCUGCGAGCGUGUGAAGCAGAUAGACCCGGUGUGGUCCUGCGGCAACUGCUACCAUGUGCUGCAUCUCCGCUGCAUCAGGAAGUGGGUCAUAAGCAGCAUAAUAGAUUGCAAAUGGCGCUGCCCCGCCUGUCAAAACACGAGCUCCAAACUUCCCUCAGAGUACCGCUGCAUGUGUGGCGCCGUGCGGAGCCCCGACUACCAGCGUGGGCAGCAUGGAGCCCACACAUGCGGACAGACAUGUCAGCGGCCCCGCUCCUGCCCCCACCCGUGCACGCUGCCGUGCCACCCCGGGCCCUGCCCGCCCUGCCAAGCCACCGUCUCCAAGCAAUGCGGCUGCGGCGCUGAAACCCGCUCCGUUCUCUGCAGCAGCAAGUUACCUCAAGUCUGCGGCCGAGUGUGCUCCCGCAAACUGGAGUGUGGGGUGCACUCGUGCGAGAAGGAGUGCCACGAGGGCCCGUGCGACGCUUGUGGGGCCUCCGUCGAGCAAGUGUGCCACUGUCCAGCCGCUACAACGCGCUCCGUCCCGUGCUGCGCGGCCACCGGCACGUCGGCGACGUGGUCGUGCGGCGCCGCGUGCGCGCGCGUGCUCGCGUGCGGCGCGCACGUGUGCCGCGCGCCGUGCCACGUGCCGCCCUGCCGGCCGUGCGCGCUGCUGCCGGCCGGCGUGCUCACGUGCCCGUGCGGCCGGACCAAGUUACCCAAAGACAAGCGCAAGUCAUGCACGGACCCGAUCCCGCUGUGCGGUAACAUCUGCGCCAAGCCGCUCCCGUGCGGGCCGGAAGGCGACAGGCACUUCUGCAAACUGGAGUGUCAUGAAGGUGCCUGCCCCGUUUGUCCGGAUAAGACCCUGCUGCCGUGUCGCUGCGGCCACUCCAGCCGCGAGGUGCCUUGCUCCGAGCUUCCAGAGAUGUUAGACAACGUCUUUUGUCAGAAGAAAUGCAACAAGAAACUGUCCUGCGGUCGGCACCGCUGCCGCGACUGCUGCUGUGCCGCCACCACACACCGCUGCGGCGUCGUGUGUGGCCGCACGUUAGCCUGCCAGCUGCACCGCUGCGAGCAGUUCUGCCACACCGGCCACUGCCCCCCAUGUACCCGCGCCAGUUUCGAAGAGCUAAGCUGCGAGUGCGGCGCCGAAGUGAUCCUUCCCCCCGUGGCCUGCGGCGCCAAGCGGCCCUUGUGCAGCGCGCCGUGCCGCCGGCCCCGCGCCUGCGGCCACCCCGCGCUGCACGCCUGCCACUCCGGCCCGUGUCCACCGUGCGUGGUGCUCACGGCCAAGCGCUGCCACGGCCAGCACGAGGAACGCAAAACGAUCCCAUGUUCACAAGAAGAGUUCUCGUGCGGGCUGGCAUGCGGCAAACCUCUACCUUGCGGCAAGCAUACUUGCCAGAAGACGUGCCACAAAGGCCCGUGCGACGCCGGCAAAUGCACUCAACCAUGCAACGAGAAGCGUCCAAGCUGCGGCCACCCCUGCGCCGCGCCAUGCCACUCCGGCGACACCGACAAAGCCGACAAGGCUGACAGAGACAAGGCUGACAGAGACAAGGCUGACAGAGACAAGGGCGACAGAGACAGAGACAAGGGCGACGUGGCCGACAAGCCAGCCUGCCCGAGCAGCGCGCCGUGCCGCAAGCCCGUGCGGGCUACUUGCCCGUGUGGGAGGCGGACUGCCGACCGAUCCUGUCAUGAAAACGCUCGUGAUCUAGCGAAAAUAAUGAGUACGCUGGCGGCAUCGAAGAUGCAAGAAGGCGGUUCGGUGGAUUUGUCGGAAGUUCAGCGCCCCACAGCCAUGCUCAAAACAUUGGAAUGCGACGACGAAUGCCGCGUGGAGGCCCGCACGCGGCGCCUCGCCCUCGCCCUGCAGAUCCGCAACCCGGACGUGUCGGCCAAGCUGCAGCCGCGCUACAGCGAGCACGUGCGCGCGCUCGCCGCCCGCGAGCCCGCCUUCGCGCGCCAGGUGCACGACAAGCUCACCGAGCUCGUGCAGCUCGCCAAGAAGCUGCAGCCGCGCUACAGCGAGCACGUGCGCGCGCUCGCCGCCCGCGAGCCCGCCUUCGCGCGCCAGGUGCACGACAAGCUCACCGAGCUCGUGCAGCUCGCCAAGAAGCUGCAGCCGCGCUACAGCGAGCACGUGCGCGCGCUCGCCGCCCGCGAGCCCGCCUUCGCGCGCCAGGUGCACGACAAGCUCACCGAGCUCGUGCAGCUCGCCAAGAAGCUGCAGCCGCGCUACAGCGAGCACGUGCGCGCGCUCGCCGCCCGCGAGCCCGCCUUCGCGCGCCAGGUGCACGACAAGCUCACCGAGCUCGUGCAGCUCGCCAAGAAGCUGCAGCCGCGCUACAGCGAGCACGUGCGCGCGCUCGCCGCCCGCGAGCCCGCCUUCGCGCGCCAGGUGCACGACAAGCUCACCGAGCUCGUGCAGCUCGCCAAGAAGCUGCAGCCGCGCUACAGCGAGCACGUGCGCGCGCUCGCCGCCCGCGAGCCCGCCUUCGCGCGCCAGGUGCACGACAAGCUCACCGAGCUCGUGCAGCUCGCCAAGAAGCUGCAGCCGCGCUACAGCGAGCACGUGCGCGCGCUCGCCGCCCGCGAGCCCGCCUUCGCGCGCCAGGUGCACGACAAGCUCACCGAGCUCGUGCAGCUCGCCAAGAAGCUGCAGCCGCGCUACAGCGAGCACGUGCGCGCGCUCGCCGCCCGCGAGCCCGCCUUCGCGCGCCAGGUGCACGACAAGCUCACCGAGCUCGUGCAGCUCGCCAAGAAGCUGCAGCCGCGCUACAGCGAGCACGUGCGCGCGCUCGCCGCCCGCGAGCCCGCCUUCGCGCGCCAGGUGCACGACAAGCUCACCGAGCUCGUGCAGCUCGCCAAGAAGCUGCAGCCGCGCUACAGCGAGCACGUGCGCGCGCUCGCCGCCCGCGAGCCCGCCUUCGCGCGCCAGGUGCACGACAAGCUCACCGAGCUCGUGCAGCUCGCCAAGAAGCUGCAGCCGCGCUACAGCGAGCACGUGCGCGCGCUCGCCGCCCGCGAGCCCGCCUUCGCGCGCCAGGUGCACGACAAGCUCACCGAGCUCGUGCAGCUCGCCAAGAAGCUGCAGCCGCGCUACAGCGAGCACGUGCGCGCGCUCGCCGCCCGCGAGCCCGCCUUCGCGCGCCAGGUGCACGACAAGCUCACCGAGCUCGUGCAGCUCGCCAAGAAGCUGCAGCCGCGCUACAGCGAGCACGUGCGCGCGCUCGCCGCCCGCGAGCCCGCCUUCGCGCGCCAGGUGCACGACAAGCUCACCGAGCUCGUGCAGCUCGCCAAGAAGCUGCAGCCGCGCUACAGCGAGCACGUGCGCGCGCUCGCCGCCCGCGAGCCCGCCUUCGCGCGCCAGGUGCACGACAAGCUCACCGAGCUCGUGCAGCUCGCCAAGAAGCUGCAGCCGCGCUACAGCGAGCACGUGCGCGCGCUCGCCGCCCGCGAGCCCGCCUUCGCGCGCCAGGUGCACGACAAGCUCACCGAGCUCGUGCAGCUCGCCAAGAAGCUGCAGCCGCGCUACAGCGAGCACGUGCGCGCGCUCGCCGCCCGCGAGCCCGCCUUCGCGCGCCAGGUGCACGACAAGCUCACCGAGCUCGUGCAGCUCGCCAAGAAGCUGCAGCCGCGCUACAGCGAGCACGUGCGCGCGCUCGCCGCCCGCGAGCCCGCCUUCGCGCGCCAGGUGCACGACAAGCUCACCGAGCUCGUGCAGCUCGCCAAGAAGCUGCAGCCGCGCUACAGCGAGCACGUGCGCGCGCUCGCCGCCCGCGAGCCCGCCUUCGCGCGCCAGGUGCACGACAAGCUCACCGAGCUCGUGCAGCUCGCCAAGAAGCUGCAGCCGCGCUACAGCGAGCACGUGCGCGCGCUCGCCGCCCGCGAGCCCGCCUUCGCGCGCCAGGUGCACGACAAGCUCACCGAGCUCGUGCAGCUCGCCAAGAAGCUGCAGCCGCGCUACAGCGAGCACGUGCGCGCGCUCGCCGCCCGCGAGCCCGCCUUCGCGCGCCAGGUGCACGACAAGCUCACCGAGCUCGUGCAGCUCGCCAAGAAGCUGCAGCCGCGCUACAGCGAGCACGUGCGCGCGCUCGCCGCCCGCGAGCCCGCCUUCGCGCGCCAGGUGCACGACAAGCUCACCGAGCUCGUGCAGCUCGCCAAGAAGCUGCAGCCGCGCUACAGCGAGCACGUGCGCGCGCUCGCCGCCCGCGAGCCCGCCUUCGCGCGCCAGGUGCACGACAAGCUCACCGAGCUCGUGCAGCUCGCCAAGAAGCUGCAGCCGCGCUACAGCGAGCACGUGCGCGCGCUCGCCGCCCGCGAGCCCGCCUUCGCGCGCCAGGUGCACGACAAGCUCACCGAGCUCGUGCAGCUCGCCAAGAAGCUGCAGCCGCGCUACAGCGAGCACGUGCGCGCGCUCGCCGCCCGCGAGCCCGCCUUCGCGCGCCAGGUGCACGACAAGCUCACCGAGCUCGUGCAGCUCGCCAAGAAGCUGCAGCCGCGCUACAGCGAGCACGUGCGCGCGCUCGCCGCCCGCGAGCCCGCCUUCGCGCGCCAGGUGCACGACAAGCUCACCGAGCUCGUGCAGCUCGCCAAGAAGCUGCAGCCGCGCUACAGCGAGCACGUGCGCGCGCUCGCCGCCCGCGAGCCCGCCUUCGCGCGCCAGGUGCACGACAAGCUCACCGAGCUCGUGCAGCUCGCCAAGAAGCUGCAGCCGCGCUACAGCGAGCACGUGCGCGCGCUCGCCGCCCGCGAGCCCGCCUUCGCGCGCCAGGUGCACGACAAGCUCACCGAGCUCGUGCAGCUCGCCAAGAAGCUGCAGCCGCGCUACAGCGAGCACGUGCGCGCGCUCGCCGCCCGCGAGCCCGCCUUCGCGCGCCAGGUGCACGACAAGCUCACCGAGCUCGUGCAGCUCGCCAAGAAGCUGCAGCCGCGCUACAGCGAGCACGUGCGCGCGCUCGCCGCCCGCGAGCCCGCCUUCGCGCGCCAGGUGCACGACAAGCUCACCGAGCUCGUGCAGCUCGCCAAGAAGCUGCAGCCGCGCUACAGCGAGCACGUGCGCGCGCUCGCCGCCCGCGAGCCCGCCUUCGCGCGCCAGGUGCACGACAAGCUCACCGAGCUCGUGCAGCUCGCCAAGAAGCUGCAGCCGCGCUACAGCGAGCACGUGCGCGCGCUCGCCGCCCGCGAGCCCGCCUUCGCGCGCCAGGUGCACGACAAGCUCACCGAGCUCGUGCAGCUCGCCAAGAAGCUGCAGCCGCGCUACAGCGAGCACGUGCGCGCGCUCGCCGCCCGCGAGCCCGCCUUCGCGCGCCAGGUGCACGACAAGCUCACCGAGCUCGUGCAGCUCGCCAAGAAGCUGCAGCCGCGCUACAGCGAGCACGUGCGCGCGCUCGCCGCCCGCGAGCCCGCCUUCGCGCGCCAGGUGCACGACAAGCUCACCGAGCUCGUGCAGCUCGCCAAGAAGCUGCAGCCGCGCUACAGCGAGCACGUGCGCGCGCUCGCCGCCCGCGAGCCCGCCUUCGCGCGCCAGGUGCACGACAAGCUCACCGAGCUCGUGCAGCUCGCCAAGAAGCUGCAGCCGCGCUACAGCGAGCACGUGCGCGCGCUCGCCGCCCGCGAGCCCGCCUUCGCGCGCCAGGUGCACGACAAGCUCACCGAGCUCGUGCAGCUCGCCAAGAAGCUGCAGCCGCGCUACAGCGAGCACGUGCGCGCGCUCGCCGCCCGCGAGCCCGCCUUCGCGCGCCAGGUGCACGACAAGCUCACCGAGCUCGUGCAGCUCGCCAAGAAGCUGCAGCCGCGCUACAGCGAGCACGUGCGCGCGCUCGCCGCCCGCGAGCCCGCCUUCGCGCGCCAGGUGCACGACAAGCUCACCGAGCUCGUGCAGCUCGCCAAGAAGCUGCAGCCGCGCUACAGCGAGCACGUGCGCGCGCUCGCCGCCCGCGAGCCCGCCUUCGCGCGCCAGGUGCACGACAAGCUCACCGAGCUCGUGCAGCUCGCCAAGAAGCAGACCCGCAACCCGGACGUGUCGGCCAAGCUGCAGCCGCGCUACAGCGAGCACGUGCGCGCGCUCGCCGCCCGCGAGCCCGCCUUCGCGCGCCAGGUGCACGACAAGCUCACCGAGCUCGUGCAGCUCGCCAAGAAGUCGAAACAGAAGACACGCGCCCACUCCUUCCCGUCAUGCAACUGGCAGAAACGUCAGUUCAUACACGAGAUGUGCGAGCAGUUCGGCUGUGAGUCUGUCGCGUACGACGCCGAGCCGAAUCGCAACGUCGUCGCCACCGCCGACAAGGAGAAGUCGUGGCUGCCAGCUAUGAGUGUAUUGGAAGUGCUAGCUAGAGAGAACGGCAAACGGCGCGUGCCCGGGCCAGUGCUGCGAGCGCCGGCCGCACCUGCGCCUGCGCAAUCCACAAGCGCAAAGUCGGGCAGUGGCUGGGCGACGCUAACAUCGACCAACGCGUGGGCUGCGCGCGCGCAGAAGGCCGAGCAGCAACAAGCGCAGGCGCAGGCGAAGCCCAGGAUAGACUACUUCGACAACCCGCCCGAUAACUAGACACGUAAGCGCAGGCUCAUUGGGAAAUAUUUCUAUACUUAUUCGUUAAACUUUACGGACAUGAUUUAGUUAAAAUUAUGUUAUAUCCCUUUCUUACAAAUACAUAAGUCAAAAUGACAGAUAAAGACAAACGAUUUAUACCUAAUUCAGGCCAGUAACGCGUUUAUGAAUAACGCUAUUAGUCUGACCAACAUUUUCGUGGUCAAAAUGUACGUAAAAUGCGGUUAAAACCACAAGUUCUUUCACCGCGAUAUGACCGGCUGACGAUUUUAUAAUUCCCAAUAACAAUCGAUCGAUCAAAUAAUUUAUUUGCCAGAAUACAGUUUUUGAUUAUAAACGAAAUAAAUAUAACGAAAUAAAUAUAAUUUUUCAUAAGAAAGUAAUUUAAUUUGUUCUUAGUUUUUGAUUAGUUGGUAAUACAGUUUAUUUGCUCAGUGUAUUCGGCCCACAUACAGGCAUGCAAAUAUUGAAUUAAAUAAAUACCUAACACAUAAUUUAGGACAUUUUUGAAUCAAUAUAAUCAAAAUUCAUUAAAUAAGAAUAAAUAAUGUCAGAAUAAUAAAUAAUAAUUAACAUCUAAACUACCUAUAGUCCGACAAAGUUUAAAUCUGAUUUGAUGACUAAUUUUUUUACUGUUGCUGCUUUUCCUUAACCCACCAACAGAGCAGCAGCUGACUUCCACGAGGGUUCAUUACACAUCGCCCUUAACCACUUAACGAGUUAUCGCUUUGGAUGCAGACGAUGCAGUGACUGACAAAAUUUGCGCCUGGUUCGCGGUCUAUUAUGAUACGUAGUAGAAAGAUAAAAACUAUCAUACCAUUUACCUACAGUAUCUAUACGUCAAUUCGAGAUCAAAACAACCAUCUAAUAAAUCUGAUAAAUUUCAUCGUAAUCCGUUUUUAGAUUGUUCAAAACGUAAUUUUUUUUAUGCCAGUAUAAAUAAAUAAUAAAUAAAUAAAUAUUAUAGGACAUUCUUACACAGAUUGACUAAGUCCCACGGUAAGCCCAAGGAGGCUUGUGUUAUGGGUACUCAGACAACGAUAUAUAUAAUAUAUAAAUACAUAGAAGACACCCAUGACUCAGGAGCAAAUAUCUGUGCUCAUCACACAAAUAAAUGCCCUUACCGGGAUUCGAACCCAGGACCAUCGGCUUCACAGGCAGGGUCACUACCCACUAGGCCAGACCGGUCGUCGACUAUAAGACAUUCAAGCAAGUAUCAGAAAUAUUUCAGAAUCAGCCUGCACCUGCAGUCUACCCUAAUUAAAUUUUAAGGUAUUUCAAAACCCCCUGCGAGUUAUAUUUAUAUAGAUAAAAUCAUUUGUAUUUUUUUUUUAUAAAAUUGGAGUUCCAAAGUUUCAACCCAGGGCUCGGAAACCGCUUUUUUUUCAAACCGGUUUCGUUCAUUCACCCGGGAACGAAAAGGAUUUCGUUUAUGUUUGGGGUACCAGUUAAAGUACUGUUCUUUUGAAAUGACGGUUUAUGCCAAAUACGUUCUCAUUUCGUUUUUGAGGAACGAAAUUAACCGGUUAAAUUGAAAAUAUCGAAGCAAGAUAGAACGAGUAAGUUUUGCUGUUCUUUCACGUAUGACAACGAGUUUAGCCGAGAGUCUCCGAGAGAUGAGAGUAACCGGUAUUAUAUCGUUGCCCUCGAACCAUAAAAUCCCGUUCCCUGUUUUUACCGGUUAGAAGAUAGAAAGAUUUUUUUUGGUUCGCGUUCCAUCAAUUAACCGGUUUUUAAUGAACGAAAUAAAAUAACGGAUUUGGAACGAUUUUAACAGGUACUUCAAUACCGGUUCCGAGUCUUGUUUCAACCUGACUCACUUGUUAAUCUAUUGAAAACUCAACUGCUUAUUACCUAAUGACUACUUAUUUAUUUUGUCUCUAAUAGGGACUUUUAGGUACCGGUAUAAAGCCAUACCAGUAAUAUAUAAUCACGCGCCAUGUUGCGGAAUUUCACUGGAACUAAUUUUUUCAUAUACUGAACUGUCACCCUAUACAUGAGAAUAACAGCGCCCUCUUGACAAUGAUCAUAUUACUGGUCAGGCUUUAACUUCAUUUUUGGUGAAUUAUAAUUAUUUUAGAUGUUUUAAAAUUGUGAUUCAAUAAUGAAAACUAUUUAAUGACACUCAUAAUUCUCAUAAAUACAAAAAUAAGCCUUUUUUUAAUUACAUAUAAUGUAAAAAUCUACCGGUACUGUCUCAAAUUGUAUUUAUAAUAUUAUUUUGUGUAUUCCCAUGUGUCCCCGCCGAGCACAGAUGGGAAUAAAUACAUUCACAUAAAUCAUUUCCUUCCGCCUCAUGUACGGCUGGCGGCGGUCACGUGAGGCGGGGACAAACGGGAAUACACUUACCAAUUGUGACUUUAAAUUUAAGAUUUCUACUUUACUUUUUCGCCGGUUGUGACUUGUGAGUAUUUUUUUAUUGAUAUAUUUUGCGAUUUUUGCGGUUAUUGGGUUAUAUCAUUAUUACUAAAGUGAUAUUUAUUAUUAGCAAAGAUACAUUGAUUGUGUAACUGUAAAUUGUGAUGGCGGUGUACGGUUCCGAUUUUUUUUUUUAUUCAUGGCUUUAACUCCUAGCUAAAUUUAGCAAAGUGGAUUCUGUCAAUGUCGAGGUGUAGACUUUUGACUUGUGAGACGAGAAUGUUCGGUUAAAUUUUGAUUUUGUGGAAGGAUAGGCUGGGAACCGAACCUACAACAAACAAUUCCGUAUUUAAUUGUUGCAGUAAUUUUGGCUGUCAAAAGUUGACGUUUGACAACUCACUGGCACAAAACAUGGCGUAUGUAUAGUCAUUAGUCUGUAGGUACCCGUAACAGAUGGUACUACCUAUACUACGUCAAACUAGGCGGCACGUUUUUUUCUGAGAUUACCUCUCUAUUAAAAAUAAAACACUUUAGUUUAGGUACAGUAAACUGACAGCUCUUUUGUAAUUCUUGAUUUUCAGUGAAAUUUUAAUAAAAAAGAAAUAACACCUUAAUGCCAAGAUAUUAAAUAGAGAGUAGGAUAAGUAGCAUUAUUAUAAAUCCUACUCUUUAUUCCUACUAUAUAGUUUGUCAAACGACUGUCUCAUUUCAAACGUAGACAGAGAGAAUCAUACUAUCUUUGUCUUACACUAGUACUAGCACCCAAAAAAAAACGGGUAUAGUUUUUUUUUGUUCUUAUUUACUUACAAUUUGGUUUCACCAACUAUAGUAAUCCCAUUAAAUACACGCCCGCAAAUGUCAGUUUAGGUACUCCAUCUAAUUCUGAAUUCGAAUUCUAAACCAGGUUUAGGUUUAUGGCCUAUAGGUUAUAACGGUCACAUUUCUUUUUUUUUCUAUCAAGUGAGUGUGAUAGAGAAAAGUGAGAAAACGUAUCGACAACGAAAUGGCUACGAUAUGCCUUUGAAAAUAAUGAUGGUCAAUUUUAUGGAGUACUUUUGCCCGCGACUUUGUCUGCGUGGAAUUAGUAAUUUGGGUACCUUAAUUUUAAACAAAUCUUCUUUUAAAUCCACUCUCUUUUUCAUCCCCCAAUUGGUCCACUCUAUAAAUUUCCACCCCAUUUUUUACACCCUUAAGGGAUGAUUUCGGGGAUAAAAAAUAUUACAUAUCCUUCCCCACAGCUCCAACUAUCCCCAUACCAAGUUUCAUCUAAAUCGUUUCAGCGGUUACUGAUUCCCCAUACAAAUUUCCACCCCCCUUUUCACCCACUUGAGGGGUGAGUUCUGGGAUAAAAAGUAUCCUAUAUCCCCGGGACUCAAACUAUCUGUAUACCAAAUUUCAACUAAAUCGGUUCAGCUUCAGCGGUUUAAGCGUGAAGAGGUAACAGACAGACAGACACACUUUCGCAUUUAUUAUAUUAGUAUGGAUGAAAACCCUUAUCCAAUGUGUAGGUAUUUGCGUCUCACAUUUUGCUCAAUGAGAGAGUGAGACGCAAUGCACAUUGGACACAUGGACCACCCUUACUUGGUCCCAAAAGUUAAAAGGUUUUUCGAGAGAAUAGUGAAUCAAAUGUGGCUUUCCAACACAGAAGGAUCCUUAUGCUUUAAACGUAAUACGGACGUUUCCAUCUGAAAUUCCGAUAGAAACGUCCUUAUUGACCCUUCUCUAAUGGAAAGCCACAAAUAUUUAGAAUAAUAAAUAAAAAAACAUUUAGAAUAUCGUUUACGCCACGCCGCGCGCCGGUGACAAACAAGCAUUCGGACCGCCUGAUAAUUGGAGCCUUUCGGAGCUUUCAAGUGUAGACGUGUCACAUAACACUAUAAAGAGUAGGCGAUUUGAUUGUGACGUCACAUGCUAGUGUUUCAUAUAAAUUCCAUAGUAGCAAAAUCGUUUUGACAGUUCGAAAAAAGAAACUGAUUUGACUAGUAGCCAAAUACCCUAUAUUCAACCUACGUGCUUUCCGACACGGUUUUUUUUUUACACUACGUCGGUGGCAAACAAGCAUACGGCCCGCCUGAUGUUAAGCAGUCUCCGUAGCAUGAGUUACAUGCGCGUUGCCGACCCUAACACUCCUCUCCCUCGUUGAGCUCUGGCAACCUUACUCACCGGCAGGAACACAACACUAUGAGUAGGGUCUAGUGUUAUUUGGCUGCGGUUUUCUGUAAGGUGGAGGUACUUCCCCAGUUAGGCUCUGCUCUAGAUCUGGAAUUACAUCCGCUGUCCUGUGCCCUACCACACAAAGCGAGAGGUCAUUCACUGUGCCCAUGCCUCUCUUAUGGUUUGAAAUGACGCACCGCACAUUGAACUAUUAUUAGUAACGUCACAAUAAAAUAAUAGUACAUACUCGUAUUAAGUACAGAAGAUUCACUCUCUAACAAAACGCGUCUAUUACGACAGAUAUGACCGCUAGGUGGCGCAAGCGCGAACAGGCGUCCGUAGCGGUGCGCGGCGACUACUAUGGCUAGACACCAAAAUUGGUGUAAGCCGCAUAUACUUGUAGCGUACGACGAAAUCGCGGAGUGAUCCACGCCUGCCAUAGUAUAUGUUGUUUUGACAAGAAAUCAUAGAAGCAGAGCGUGAGUCUCGCGACCUAAACGCGUAAGCGCCAUGAAUUUUACGGCGCUUACGACGUUUUGGUCGCACACGGCGACAAUUUCAUUGUUCAGUAUGGCUUUAUAGUAAUAAUAUUGACCACACACGAUAGGCGUGGCGCUUAAAGGCUAUUAACAACAGAUUUAAUAUACAUAUACGCUAUAUGACGCAAAUAUCACGAUUUGUAUUGAAACCAAGCGUGCCGACUUUUUAUACAAAAUUUACGCAUAAUAUAAUUUUAAAAUUACUUACCUGUGAUAGGAAAUAUGUUUUUGCCUUUAGGUGCUCGCAAUUUUUGGGCUGUUGCUGUUUAAAUAUCACGCAACGAGGUAUUUUUUAUGUUUUCACCGACGUCCGGCUGUAACAACUGACGCGCGUGGACUGUCAAGAGCGACAGUCAACCCCGAGGAUUUCUCGGGGUUCGGAGAUGCGAAGUAGAUGCGUUUGCGUUAUCUAUGGUGUAUUUAUAUCUUGGGUAUUAACCCAAAACAUUGUUUAGAGAACACCAAACCGUAGUCUUACCGUAUCUUGGUUAUGUUCACAGACCAUUUGCUAAUGUCAUCCAGGGUACGUAGGGGGCGUUCAAAUAUUACGUAACGCAAUUUUCGCAGAUUUUUGACCCCGCCGUAAUCAUGGCAAAGAGUGACAAGAAUAAGUUAAAUCACCCAUAGGUACCAUAGUUUGUCAAAGGACUGUCUCAUUUCAAACACAGAUAGAGUCAUACUAUCAUUGUCUUACACUAGUACUAGCACCCAAAAUAUGAGUAGAUUUUUUUUGUUCUUUACUGACAAUUUGGUUUGACCUAUAACUCCUAAAUUCGACCAAUUAUUUCGCAGCACAAGGUUCACUUUAAAAUAACACCAAUUUACUUCCAACGACCUCAUGUUAUUAAAUACAUGAAACUCGUAAAGCUCGCUCCAGACUACGCGGCGCGAAGGCGCGAACGCGAGUGUGGAGUCGAUUUCGCUGAUUAGACUCCACACUCGCGUUCGCGCUUGAGUGUGGAGGGCCCUUAUCGAUAAUAUUUAUGAUAAUAUCCAGUGCAAAUAUUUAUAUUGGUGGAGCGUUCUUAAUCUUAUGAAAGUUUUGUGACUCCAUAUUUGUAGUUUAUAAAUAUAUUGUAAUAAUAUACGCCGCUUUCAGCAGGCACAUGUAACUAAUAAAGUGUUAAGUAUUUGUUA